AUGACUACGCCUAAAAAAUGUGAAAGAAAUGGAAAUAAGGACAACGAUGAAAAAGAAACAGAAUGUGUAUCAAUUUUUAGUUUCAUAACCUUCCAAUGGGUAACGAAGUUGCUAAAUGAUCUUAAAAAGGAUGAAAUUAAGUUCCCUGUAUUACGGAAAAACAAUAAUGUGACGUAUUAUGCAUAUGAAUUGGAACAGAACUUAAGAAAAAUUAAUGUAAGAAAGUGCAAUUCUAAACAUUUUUAUGAAAACAGCAAUUUUGUAAUAGAACAUGAUAAUAACUCAAAAGAUAUAAGAGUAAAAAAGGAAUAUAACGUAUAUUACAAUAAUAUUGUAUGGUCAAUUUUUAAAACGUUUAAAGUUAGUAUAAUUUCUAUAAUUAUUUUUAAUAUUUUACACACCUUAUUUAUAAUUGUUGUUGGAGGAUCUAUAGACAAAUAUAUGGUUAUUUUAAAAGGUGAAACUAUUCCAUCUUAUCCUGCCAUUUUGAAUAACUCAAAAGUAAUAUUUGGACUAUACAUCGUUAUUUUAUUAUUUUUUGAAUUUCUCUUUGAUUCUAUUUUGAGUUUUUAUUAUUAUGAAUUUCUAGUGAAUAUGGAAAUAUCAUUAAUACAUUUCCUUUACAAAAUUAAUCUGUAUAGUCGUAACAGUGAUUUAACGAAUCACUCCUUAUAUAGAAAUAAACAAGAGUUUUCGAAUAUGCUAUCAGAUGGAAUAGGAAAGAAAUUUCGUUAUAAUAAUAUUAAUGAAAAUCCUUCUUGUAUGCCUAAAAUUUGUACAAAAAAUUAUGGUGAUUCAUUUAAAAAAAAACUUUAUUUAAUCAAUUUUUUUAAAAACAGUAAAACGAAAGAAGAAGGGGAAGAUAUGGAAAAAGAGGACAUAUCUAAUGUAAACAUUUAUAACAUUAUGUUUUCUGAUACUCCUUCUUUAGCACUUUUUGUUGGUGCUAUCAUUAGCUUAUCUAAUAUAUUUGUCAAAUUUUAUAUAUCUUUUUAUGUAUUUUAUUUAAGGAUGGGUUCUGAUGCUGUAAAAACUGGAGUAACAUUGUCGAUUGUGUUGUAUAGUACAAUGAUUUUAUUUUCAUUUUUGCCAAGUCUGUUUAAAAGUAAAUAUUUAAAAUAUAGAGACCAAAGAAUUGACAAUACACAUCAUGUAUUGAAAGAAUUUAAAUUAAUGAAAAUGUUUAAUUGGGAAUCGUUUGCUUUUAAUUAUAUAAAUUUUGUUCGGAAAAAAGAAAUGAUAUUCUGUAAAAUACGACUUUACUUGGGCACUGUUGGCAUUUUUAUAAAUGCUGUGUCAGCUGAUAUAGUUGAAGUGGUAUUAUUUUUUUUGUUUAUAAGGGAGAAAUUAGAUAAUCGAAGAGAAGUUAGUUUUAGCUCAAUUAUCAUGCCUUUAUUUGUGUACAAGUCCUUAAUUUUAAGUGUGUCUAAUUUUCCUAAUUUAAUAAAUCAUAUAAUAGAAGGCAUAAUAAAUAUUAAGCGCAUAAAUAAAUAUGUUAAUCAUCAUUUAUAUUAUAAUGAUAUUAACAACUAUUCUAGGUAUGUUUCAAAAAUUAACUGCUAUUUUAAUAUAUCAUAUGCUCCUACAUAUUUAGAAAAUGAAAUAGAAGAUUAUUCGGGAUGUAAAAAAUAUUUUAUCGAAUUAAAAAACAAGCUGAGAAAGUGUAUUAUGUUUUCCUGUUUUAAUAAAAAAAUAAAACACAUAAGUAUAAUAAAUAAGAAAAUAUUAUAUGAUGUAAAUUACAGUACAAGUGAAAGUAUGGAAAAAACUUGUUUCCAGGAAACAAUUUGUUGCACCCAUGAUUGUGUUAGUAGUAGUACAGGUGCGAAGAAAGAAAAAAAAUAUAACAAUAGUGAAAAUAUAGAAGCGAAGAAAAAAAAUAAUUUAAUAAUAAAAUUAGAAAAUGCUUUUUUUGGCACUGCCAAAAAGGGUGAUCGGAAGUAUGAUAAGUAUAUAUUGAAGAAUCUAAAUUUUAGUUUAGAAAAUAACACCUUAGCAAUAGUUAUAGGAAAUGUUGGGUCAGGUAAAACUGCUUUUUUCGAAUCGAUUUUAGGAGAUAUUCAAUUGAUUCAUGGCAGUUUAUAUGUUAAAAAUUUGCUGUAUAAUAUGCCAAUUUUGUAUGUACCUCAGAACACUUGGUUAUCUAUAGAAAAUAUUAGAUCAAUAAUUUUGUUUGGAAAAGAAUACAAUUCACGAAUUUAUCGUUAUGCCAUCGAGCAAACUGAGUUAUUAAAUGAUAUAAACUCUUUUAAAAAUGGUGAUAUGCGGUACAUUAAUAAUGACCAUAACUUAAGUAAAGGACAGAGGGUUAGGAUUUCCUUGGCACGAGCUUUAUAUCAUCACUACAUGCAUGUGCAUAAAGUAAGCACUAGUGGUGAGAAGGAAUUGCAUAUAAAUCAUAAUUUUACAAAAAAGAACAGUCUAACUGAUUUUUCAAAUGAUAAGAAAGAUAAAACAAAUGUAGUUUACGAGGGUGACGUCGUACCCAAUGAAGACAAUGUUCAAAAAUUCCUACAAGAGAAAAACAUUUUUUCUUUGUAUUUACUUGAUGAUGUUUUCACAUCUCUGGACCCAGCAAUAUCUAAAAAUAUUUUUUAUAAUUUAUUUUGCAAAGAGGAAAAUAAAAUUUUCAAAGAUCAUUGCAGUUUUGUUGUAUCUAUGAAUGAAAGCACACUUCAUAAUUUUUUAAUUAAUGGUCUUUUUGAAAAUAUUCAUUAUAAAACAGAUAUUUAUGAGUUAGAAAAUUACACUUUAAAACAUUCAGGAAAUGCAUCAUGUUAUGUAAAAAAAAAAAAUGUAAACAUACAGAAAAAUAGUAUUGUCAAUAGAGUAAAAUUAAAUAUAGACAACACAAAAUUUAAUGGGGGGGAUGAAAUAGAAGCAUGCAGUAAAAUACAUGAAAAAGGAGAACAUGAAAAAUGUAAUAAACUAAUGAAAGAGUCAAACGAUAAUGAUUCCUUUAAAAUGAAUAAUAUUACUGUGAUAGAACCUAAUAAAGGAGAUAUCACAGAGAGUAAAUCGUUUUUGGAAAAUGGAUACAUUAUUAAUGCUAGCAAAAACAUAAAUGAAAUUGCUAGACAAGUGCCACAAGAACAAAAUUGUGUAACAGGAUUGGAUAAUAAUAUGAAUACAAAUUUAUCACAAACUUUACAGAAUAGUACGUGGUGCACAAACACGGCUGGUUUUUCGAAUGAUGAAGGUGAAUCAUUUUUCAAAGGAAAAAUAGAACUAAAAACAUAUAUAUGGCUUUUGAAUAAAGUUGGGAAUGUUAUAAUAUUGUAUAUAAUGAUUUUCAUGUUUAUAUCUAUAUUUACAGAUGAAAUAAAAUUUUUCAUUUUAAGUAUGAUUAGUAUGAUUUCACGAAAUGAUAAAAAGUAUUCAAAUGAAAUUCUUCAGCAGCAAGUUAAGUAUUUAAAAUUAUUUGUGAUACUGCCAAUAAUAUCAUUAGUAGCAUCCUUUUUUUGUUUCAUGUUUAUUAUAUACGGCACAGUAAUUUCAGCAGUAAAAGUUCACAAGGAAGUGUUAAUAAGUAUUUUGAACUUGCCAAUGCAUAUAUACUACAAUAAUAAUUUAGGUAAUAUUAUAAAUAGAUUUAUUACGGAUAUGUAUUCUUUAGACAAUGGAUUUUUAAAAAGAUUUUACAAGUUCAUUUUCCUUUUUUUUCGACUUGUACUAUCAGCCAUUUUACUAUUUUGUAUGAUGAAAGAUUCUAUUAUUAUUUUUUCUUUUGUUGUUGUCUUAAUAUAUUUUUUUGUUUUUAAAAAUUAUUCAAGAGGGUGUAAAGAAGCUCAAAGAGGCUAUUUAAGGUGCCAUUCUCCGUUAUGUAAUAUAUAUAGCAAUUCUAUAUUAGGAAAACGCGUAAUUAAUAUAUAUGAACAAAAUUUAUACCAUUUAAAAAUACACGAAGGUUAUAUAGAGACUUUCAGAAAUUAUUCUCUUUUGAAGUGGUCGAUAACUAUAUGGGCAUCUUUUUAUAUUAGGCUUAUUGUUUUGAUAUUAACUACUUAUUUUGUUAUGCACCCUCAUAUCUUUUUUAAUAAAAUAGGAAAUUUGUAUGAAGGCAAAAAUUACGAAAGAAUUAUAAGCACAAUUGGAUAUUGCAUUACUUUUUCUUCAAGGCUUGGUGUACUCACAAAAAUUCUUUUAUGUGAUUAUACCUUUGUGGAAAAGGAGAUGUGUUGUGUUCAAAGACUAGAGGAAUUUUCAAAAUUAAAGCAUGAAAAAGGUUCUUUAGAUGAAGAUGAAGAAGAUGAAGUAGAUGAAGUAGAUGAAGUAGAUGAAGUAGAUGAAGAUGGAAUAUCAAAAUGUCAUGACAAACAGGAAAAGAAGAAAAUAUAUGACAAAUCAGCAGAAAUUACGCCCCAUUUACAUCCCACCAUUGUAGACAAAUAUACUAUAGAUAAAUCGAAAGAGAAAUAUGGCAUUUGUCUUGAAAAUGUAUAUGUUAGUUACAAGAAAAAAGUUCUUUUAGAUAAAAAUAGUAAUACAUAUUGCUAUGAAGAUGAAGAACCAUCAUUAAAAAAUAUUAAUAUAUAUGCUUUGAAAAAUCAAAAAAUAGGAAUAGUAGGCAAAUCUGGUUCAGGUAAAAGCACAAUAAUUUUAUCCAUUUUGGGUUUAAUUCCUACUAGUAGCGGGAAAAUAACAAUAGAAGGAAGGCCUAUUAACACUAUUCAAAGAAGGGAGAAAAAGACUAUGAUCACUGUUUUGCCACAGUCUUCAUUCUUUUUUCAUAACUGGAGAGUAAGAGAAUUUAUUGAUCCUUAUAAAAAUUUUACAGAUGAAGAAGUUGUCGAUGCUUUCGAUUUAAUUGGUAUAAGAUUGAAUAUAAAUGAUUUGAACAAGUAUAUGUAUCAACAAGAGAAAAAUACACAUAAUGAGAAAGAGAAAAAAAAUAAAAGAAAGUUUAAUGUUUUAGAUAACACAAUUUCACUGACGGAUGAUUGCAUAAGGUACCUCUCGCUAGUUCGUCUUUUCUUGAAUAGGCACAAAUACAAAUACAUAUUAAUUGAUGAAAUUCCUAUUUUUAAUUUUAAUACUGUGCAUUCCAAUUUGAAUAAUUUCUUAAUUGGCAACGCAAAACCAUUUAAUUAUAUUAUAAAAAACUACUUUCCAGAUAACACGGUUCUAAUAAUUUCUCAUGACACACACGCAUUAUCCUGCUGUGAUUUUAUUUACGUACUAAGAAAUGGAGAAGUAACCCAUAGUUGCAGUUCCAAAGAUAUAAAAACUCAAUCUGAGUUAGCACAACUGUUAGAAAUGGGUUCCUGA